AUGGCAAAUGUAAAUCGAGACCCCGGCCACCUAAGCUUACCACCUUUCAAAGCCGACAACUCGGAGUCGCUGGACAGUUUCUACAAGUCUGAAAGGCCUUCGAGCAUCCCGGUGCCCACCCGUCCCGCCAACACCACUCCCGUCGGGUCCAGGCCGCCGCCACCGCCAUCGCAAACACCGGGCAGACAGCGGCCCAGGUCGUACGUCAGCUCUCAGACUCCCCACCGCUUUCUGUCACCGGCCGAGUGGGCCCGCGUCGCCCACGGCCUCGGGGCGAUCAAGGAGGGCGAGACGCACAACGUGGUGCACCCCGGCUGCUGGUACUGGCCGCCCAAGGGUAUGCCCGAGGGGCUCUACCGCGACGUGAUAACGCAGCGCUCAAAGUACUUCAUCUCGCACCACUGCCUUAGCGUGGUGCGGUGGUUCUUGAUGAUUCUCCAGAUUGUCAUCGGCGCCAUCCUAACGGCUAUGGGCUCCCUGGACCUGCGUAAUGGCACGCCCAUCACCGUCCUGGCUGCAGUGAACACGGUCGACGCCGGCCUGCUGGCCCUGAUGCACAACAGCGGCCUCCCCGACCGCUACCGUCUAGACAAGGUCGAGUUCAGCAAGGUUGAGGACUUUCUCAAGGAAUUGCUGGACACGGGUAUCGUCGAAGCGAACCAGACGGUCGACGACGUUCUCAGUGAGUGCUUCGCCAAGUACCAGGCCGCCAAGGCCACAGUCGUGGCCAACAUGCCUGAGUCAUACACGAUCCCAAGCUCGUCUGUCCGAGAAAAGCAAGUGUAUAUAUGCCCGGACCCGUCGGUGCAUACUAUAUCGGUACAUUCGUGA